UCAAGAUGGCGGACCGACAAGGUUCUGAUUCAUCGCAAAAACAUACGCCUUUGCACGGGAUAUCUCUCGCCAACCUUGGUGGGAAUUUGAACUUUGGACCUACUCUUGUGCCAGCUUCCGAUUCUUCCCCAAUUUUAUUGAGAAAUCAAACAACUGCAACACCGACCACCAGUAGAGCUACACCAGCCCUGGAGCAUGUUGGUGAAGAGGACAGUUUUCUUGGACAGCAGCCAUCAACACAACAGCAGGCUCCAACACCUUUUCAGUCUGCAGCAUCACAAGUAAAGACCCAAACAUCACCAUUCUUUACUAUGGCAUCUUCUUCCUCAUCUGGUCAUGAUGACUUCCUAUCACCACAAACAUCUACUCAAGGUGCAGCUGGUACUUUUUCCAGUCCUCAACUUCCUGUCAGCAAAUCUCCAUACCAGGCUUCACCAGCCAAGGGACCUGGGUCUCAGACUCCUCCAAAAGCAGUAUCUACUCUUCCUCAGUCUUCACCUCCAGUGACAGCCAGUUGGGUCCAGUCUCCAUCUCUACCACCAGCCAAUAAUUUGCCUCAAACUCCCCCUGUUCCUUUUAGCAGUCUACCCCAAUCCCAAUCAUCUACUGCUUGGCCCCAGACUCCACCAACUCCACCAAGUCUGUACCAGUCCUCUUCCUCAUCUUCUGUGCCUCACCCCUCACCUCAACUUCCAUAUCAAUAUAGCAGCUCUGUGUCUCCUCCUCAAGUACAAGGCGGAAUUACCCCUGUUACACCACCUGCAACAGUUGAACCUGUCAAACCUCAUUGGUUUUAUCAGAAAGGAAAUUCUUCUUGGAAACCUUUCUCAUACAUAGAUUCUGAAAACUUAGAGCAGGCAUUGAAAACUUCUUCAGCUGGUGGUGACCGGAUUGUAGCUACUGAUGGUGGUCGAUAUGAUGUGAACCUUGACAAAAGGCUGCGAUACCCUCUCUACUGGGAGGAGGACGUGUCUGUUGUAAGAAGGUGCACUUGGUUCCACAAAGGAGAUGGAGAGUCCAAACUUGUGCCUUAUAAAGAGGAUAUGGCAGCUAGGCUUGAGGCUGAGUUUCUCCUGGGAUUUCGUGAGGCCAAAUGGCCAUGUAGAGUGGAAUUAUCAGAUGGAGAGCAUGUUGUGAUGCAUAAUGCAAAUGUUAUGGUACAUUUUGUACCAAACAAUGAGUCCCAGAACUGGAGUGGUGAGGACACUGUAGCCAGGCCUAAAGUGGUCAGACGAGGGGUGGCAGAUAUUGAGGAUGAAAUCAAUGAUGGUGAACCUGCUCAAAUUGACCAUCUGGUAUUUGUUGUCCAUGGCAUUGGGCCAAUUGCUGAUCUGAACUUUAGAAAUAUUAUUGAAUGUGUUGAUGAUCUGCGAAAAGUCAGCCUUCAAAUGCUCUUUGAUCAUCAUGAGGAGUUGUCCGGAGGUCGUGCCAUCGGAAGGGUGGAGUUUCUUCCUGUUCAGUGGCACUCAAAACUUCACAAUGACUCUACUGGUGUAGAUGAAAGACUUCAGUCCAUAUCCUUAGGCAGCAUACGUCGCUUAAGAGAGUUUACAAACUCAACCCUUGUUGACAUUCUUUUUUACACAAGCCCAACAUAUUGUCAAAACAUAGUCAACACAGUGGGUGAUGACAUCAAGCGAUUAUUGGAAAUCUUCAAGAAAAGGAAUCCAAUGUUUAAUGGGAAAUAUUCAGUCUGUGGACACAGCUUAGGUUCAAGUAUUCUGUUUGAUAUUCUUCAACAUCAGAAAGACAAGCAAAAGCAAAUCCCCUUAGCAAAGCAACCUUUGAUUGAAGAAGCAAGCGAAAUUCUCAGCACAGAUGGCCUCGCAGCCAACAGUAACGACCAAGGACAAGAUUCAGAUGAGGAUUCAGAGGAUGAGGAAGCUGAGUCGUACCCAGCCCUUAGAGAUGCGCUAGCACAGCUUGGUAUACCUGAAUACGUCGACUUGUUUGAGUCGGAAGAGAUGGACAUGGAGACAUUUUUACUGUGUGGAGAGGAAGACAUCAAGGAAAUGGGAAUACCUAUGGGACCUAGAAAGAAAUUAAUAGGCUACCUGAAUAGUCAAAAAUCAAUUAUGGAAAAAAGAAAACUGGAAAGAGAGGAGAAUAAAAAAGUAAGAGCAGAAGCGAGAGCGAAAGCGAAAUCUGAACGUAAAAAGUUAAAAGAAGUUUCCAAGGAACAGACAAGUUCCGCGGCGGAGAAGGCAUCAUCCUGUGCUGUGUCUAGACCAGACAUAGCAACAAGCAAGUCUCUAUCUGUUGCUUCUGUAUCCAGUGUGGAAGUUGUUUAUCAACAAGGACUCGCGGGAACAGGACAGCCUUUCGUAGAAUACCCGCAACUGGAUUUAGAAUUUUAUGCGUUGUUCGCGUUGGGUUCUCCCAUAGGAAUGUUUUUGACAGUGAGAGGUGUGGAUGAAAUCGGCCAGGACUUUCAGCUGCCCACAUGUCCACGUCUCUUCAACAUUUUUCAUCCGUUUGAUCCUGUGGCAUACCGAAUCGAACCUUUAGUGAAUCCUUCUGUUCGAGCCGACCCUGUUUUGAUGCCACACCACAAGGGAAGGAAACGAAUGCAUCUGGAACUCCGCGAGAAUCUAUCAAGACUGGGCGCUAAUCUAAAGCAGAGCCUCAUUGAUUCUGCGCGUAAAACGUGGGAAUCACUCAAUGAAUUUGCACGAGCUCACUCAUCUCAAGGCCCUGACGAACAAGACUCUGUUGUGGAGGAAGCUACUGAAGUCACAGAGUCUCUUCCCGAUCACCCAGGACAAGUGGUCGAAGUAGGACGACUAAACGGUGGUCAGCGGAUAGAUUACGUACUUCAAGAGAAACCAAUAGAAAGUCUGAAUGAAUAUCUGUUCGCACUUGGCAGUCACGUUUGUUACUGGUUGUCAGAGGAUACAGCUCUUUUUAUGUUAAAAGAAAUCUAUAGAAAUUAAUAACAAGAUGACAUUUAGCUGAUGGAGACUGAAAGAUCUUGUUUUGUCAACCAUGCUACUGAACGAGGGAUGAUAUAGGACGUGCUUGGAGAUACCAAACACAUCACAUGUGAAGUUGCUAUGAUAGCAGAUUUCAACAGCUUAGUCAAUGCCCAUUAAACUCUUUGAAAAGUAAUUUCAAAUUUUGACUUUAAUCGUCGAUGUUUACUUCCGCCAAGAUACUUACGGGCGUAAAAUGCGUACCUCAACUAUAAACAUUCAUUACUACUGAACUCAAGAAUAUUCAAGGAACAUUUAUGGCGGGUGAAUUGUCUCAAAGGAAAACGUACGCAAGAACAAAGAAGGAUGCCAGUCAUCGGUAAAACCCCCCUGGCCGGUUUGUAUGUACACUGUAGUGUUUGUCUUUGGUUUCAAGCAAAAGUGGAAGUACUUCGGGGGGGAUUUUCACCUGGACAAAAAUUUAUGAGACAUAAAUUAAUGUUUAAUAGAAUAUGCUUUCAAAUUAUUUUUCGGAAAAUGUCGGUGAUCCUGGUCAAUAAAAAUUCAGGAAAAAAAUAUAGAUUAUUUGAAUUUGUAGAAUAAGCUGAAUCAUGCAUUUUGAUUGGUUCGUCCCCAUUGAAGGGAAGGCGCAAAAAUGACACCACUGUCAACAAUCAGUGACACACUCGGCUGUACCACGUGUGCCACUUUCUUGUUCUUACCACGUUUUGACGUCAUCUGUGAUAUGUUACUGAACACAGACCCUCGGCAACAUGGGAUCUAUUUUAUAGAUAGCCCGUGUUCUCUCCCCUGGCCUCGUUUGUUUUAGUGGAGAGGCUUAUGUUCCCUAGCUACUGUGUAAGGAUACUUUUUGGUGAUUAAUUAAUAAAUGUGGAUAUUUUU